AUGGCGCCUCCACCCGCGCAAGCGGCCGGCGAGCCCAAUGGCAACGGCGCACCCGUGGACAAGGCCACGGCUCGCCGCCAGAAGAAGCGAGAGCAGGAUCGCAAGGCCCAGCGCGUCGCACGCGAGCGAAAGAACAACCGCAUCGCUCAUCUCGAGGCCCUCGUCGACCGUCUGAGCCAGGACAAUGCCGACUCGGAGGUGCCCGUCCUGAUGGACCGUCUGGCCACCGUCACCAAGCAAUCCCAUUCUCUGCUCGAGGUCCUGCGUUCGCUCGAGUCCACCAUCCACCGCCACAUUGAGCAGGCCACCGUCACGUCCCCUAAGGUGCUACCUGCGCCCAGUGAGACGGGCAUGGACGUCGAAACCUCGAGCAGCAACGGCAGCGCCAAGGGUCACGCCCCACAUCGAGCGUCGGAACCCGGACCGCCAAGCGUGCCUACGCCCGGCGCUCCGUGGGCGUCAUCACCGGAGAAUGAUCAUCAACUCGGGGACGACAUGUCGGCGCCUCCCGGAUCGAACCCGUGGGAUUCGUUUGCGGGUCCCUAUUAUGAUGUUCCGUUCGAUGACGUUUCGCAAUACCGCCCACCCAUCCCCGAGCUUGUCCCGUCGGAACCAGACACUGCCAGCACCACGGCCGACGUUAUUGUUCCCUUGCCGCCGACGACCGACUGUCCGUGUCUGAUAGGAUCCCACCAGCCGCUUGGCACGCGGCGGCCACCAGGCUUCAACACCUGGCGAGCCGCCAAUGAGGCCCUCGGCAAGGCGUCCACGCCACUACGUCCAGAGGACGCUGUUCGCGAGGACAGCACGAGCCACGACACGCCGAUCCGCGCCGUCUUGGAAGGCUGGGACAGUGUGGAAGCCGCCGGCUUGAUGACAGACAGCUGGCGGAAACUAAGACUGGUUGAUGAAAUUUGCUUUAUCAAGUGCGGCAAAAUCGAACGGGUGGCCAUCCUGCGCAUGAUGCACCUCAUGAUGACCUACCACGGAGAUCCCACGCCCGGAAGACUCUCUUCCCUGCCUCGGUGGUUUUGGAUGAGACCUUCACAAGCCUUGGCCCACUCAUAUGCCAUUGACUAUUUUGUUUGGCCUGGUGUCCGGGAGCGCUUCGUCUUCUCCCAGCACCGCUACUGUACCAACCUCUUCUGGCAGCUCUUCCAGAGCAACUUCAAAGUCACUUGGCAGUACGGGUUCCGCGACUGCUACAUGCGAGAUCGUCUCACUGGCAAGUUUUCAUUGUCGCCCAUGUUCGAGCAGACCAUAAGCAACAUCAGAGCCUGGACCAUGGAUACCGACUUCUUCACCCACUUCCCCGAGCUCUGCCAAGACAUCCCAAGGGUCGAGGGUCUGCCGAUCGCGGUAGGGUCCGCCCGCAAGGAUGCCCAGCAGGUCUGGGAAGAGACACAACACCAUGCUGUCGUGCGGGCCGCUCGCCCCUUUGUCGGCCCUAUGCUGGUAUCCGACGUGUCUAAUGACCAGGUGGAUGGUGCAGGAUUGUACGACGGAGCACCUUUAACGUUUGCACUCCACACUAGGUGA